CUUCCCAUCAACGUAACCAUAGGUAAGUGGAUUUGACUGCACUUACAAGUUUUCGGAAUAAAAACGAGGGGCAUAUCAACUGAUUUCCGUUCAAAACUAUUCGAACCAUGAGACGCGUAGUGUCAACUAUUUCUUGUUCCUAAUUUUUUUUUAAAUUUAUAAGAAUGAGGUCUUACGUUGAAAUGUCAUUUGCCAAAAUCAGGAAAAUGUGUUUGUUAAUUUAAUUUUGUAAAUAUAUGAGUGUUUUUGUUAGAUAAAAUGGAUGCGUUCAUGGAUUAUUAUUUCGAAGAGGUGUUCUGUGAUUUGGAUCGUGACAGUUUAAAUGAACGGUACAAAAGGCGGGAACUUGUUGAAUAUUUUAAUUCUGUUAUAUCUGGAUGUGCUAAAGGACAAAACGAAUCUGAUAAUGUGACAUGCAGGAACUUUGUAACAUCAGCAUUACGUUAUCAUAAUAAUUGCAAAUCGAAAAAUGGCGAUGUAUGUUUCAUGGGGAAAUAUCACAACUUACUGUACAUUGCAAUGAAAUUAUCAUUUGAUUGGAGUCUACAAGAUAACGGUGUGGUCGCAGCCCUAUUAGAUGAACUGUACGCUUGCGAAGGAACUUUUGAGAGGAUAUUUUUAGGCGCUAUUUUUGGUACUUCAGCACCUUAUUUCUUGGCGGGAUGGAAAUCAGACUUCAUGGAUAGAGAAGAGAACGUAUCAGCACUUGUAUUCUUCCUCGAUCACGCGACUAAUGCGAAUUUGGAGUUCAAAGAUGGAAAUAAAACAUAUCGAUUUAUAGACGUGCCUUUAGAAAGUUGUGGGAAAGCGUCACCAGUCAGGGUUGUCAUACAAAUGGGUGCCGCUGAAAUAUUGAUGAUAUUACUUCGUUUUGGAGCAAGAAUUACAUCAGACCAUGUUUCAACUAACCCUAUUGAAUCUAUAUUAGAUCGAUUAAAGGAAUAUAAUAGGAAAUAUCCUUAUGAAUUGGUCACUUGUUUGAAAUUAGCACUAAGGGCAGUCCCUAGGUUGCAUUUAACAGUUGAUAAGGCAGCAUUUAAGCAUCUAGAAUUGCCUGAUAAUUAUAAUUAUGAUCGGAAAAUUGCAUUGGAAAAGUAUAAUGAUAUUUUAGAAGAUCAUUUAUUGCCUAGUUCUAGAUGUGGCUUGAGACCUGUGGAGCUGAAACAUUUAUGUAGAUGUCUUAUACGACAGAUGUUGUGGACGAAUUUUGAAUUACCAUUUGGUAUUCAUAAGUUACCUAUACCGAUGCCGUUGAAAAAAUAUUUAGAUUUAUUAGAUGAUUAGUUUAUAUAUAAGGUCAAUGAUAUUAAAUAUUUUACUACGAGGAUUAAUUUCAAUCAGUUUCUCUUGCUACAUAUUAUUCCAAAAUCUACGUCAAUGAAGUAACUAGAGGUUAUAAAUAUUAUAAACUAUAUUUUA